UCUCGCUGGAAGAAGCGGAAGAAGAUGGCGCUCACCAGCUUUUUACCUGCACCAACUCAGCUCUCUCAGGACCAGCUUGAGGCUGAAGAAAAGGCAAGAUCCCAGCGGUCACGACAGACCUCACUGGUUUCCUCCCGAAGGGAACCUCCACCAUACGGGUACAGGAAAGGUUGGAUACCUCGGUUAUUAGAGGAUUUUGGAGAUGGAGGUGCUUUUCCAGAGAUCCAUGUGGCCCAGUAUCCACUGGAUAUGGGACGGAAGAAAAAAAUGUCAAAUGCUCUGGCCAUUCAGGUGGAUGCUGAAGGGAAAAUCAAGUACGAUGCAAUCGCUCGACAAGGACAGUCAAAAGACAAGGUUAUUUAUAGCAAAUACAGUGACCUGGUUCCCAAAGAAGUCAUGAAUGCAGAUGACCCAGACCUGCAAAGACCCGAUGAGGAAGCCAUUAAAGAGAUAACAGAAAAGACCAGAGUAGCCUUAGAGAAAUCUGUGUCUCAGAAGGUGGCUGCAGCCAUGCCUGUUCGAGCGGCUGAUAAGCUGGCUCCUGCUCAGUAUAUCCGAUAUACUCCAUCUCAACAAGGGGUGGCUUUCAACUCUGGAGCUAAACAGAGGGUUAUUCGCAUGGUGGAAAUGCAGAAAGAUCCCAUGGAGCCUCCAAGAUUCAAAAUUAAUAAGAAAAUUCCUCGGGGACCACCUUCUCCUCCUGCACCUGUUAUGCAUUCUCCUAGCCGGAAGAUGACUGUUAAGGAACAACAAGAAUGGAAGAUUCCUCCUUGUAUUUCAAACUGGAAAAACGCAAAGGGUUAUACAAUUCCAUUAGACAAACGCCUGGCUGCUGAUGGAAGAGGACUGCAGACCGUUCACAUCAAUGAAAACUUUGCCAAGCUGGCUGAAGCACUGUACAUUGCUGAUCGGAAGGCUCGUGAAGCUGUGGAAAUGCGUGCUCAAGUAGAGAGAAAAAUGGCUCAAAAAGAAAAGGAGAAACAUGAAGAGAAGCUGAGGGAAAUGGCCCAGAAAGCCAGAGAGAGAAGAGCUGGCAUCAAAACCCACGUGGAAAAAGAGGAUGGAGAGGCACGCGAGAGAGAUGAAAUCCGGCAUGACAGGCGGAAAGAGAGACAGCAUGACCGGAAUCUUUCCAGGGCAGCACCUGAUAAAAGGUCUAAACUUCAGAGAAACGAAAACCGAGAUAUCAGUGAAGUUAUUGCACUCGGUGUGCCCAACCCUCGGACUUCCAAUGAUGUUCAGUACGACCAGAGGCUCUUCAACCAAACCAAGGGUAUGGACAGUGGUUUUGCAGGAGGAGAAGAUGAAAUUUACAAUGUUUACGACCAAGCAUGGAGAGGUGGUAAAGAUAUGGCCCACAACAUUUACAGGCCCAGUAAAAACUUGGACAAGGAUAUGUAUGGUGAUGACCUCGAAGCCAGAAUAAAGACCAACAGAUUUGUUCCAGAUAAGGAGUUUUCUGGUUCAGAUCGUAGGCAGCGAGGCCGAGAAGGACCAGUUCAAUUUGAAGAAGAUCCUUUUGGUUUGGACAAGUUUUUGGAAGAAGCCAAACAACACGGUGGCUCAAAAAGACCUUCAGAUAGCAGCCGCCCCAAGGAACAUGAGCACGAAGGCAAGAAGAGACGAAAGGAGUAGACGCACCUCUCUGGGAGUGAAUGAACUGUGUUACUCAGUGAUGUGAUGCAAGUCAUGUAGGGCAACACUUUAUCUAUGAGCAACCAGAAUAAAAACCAAAUCUGGGUGUCAGAACCCAGUGCUACUUUUUAUUACGAGAAAUGGGGGGUGGAAAACUCUACUUUGAGCUGAUUUUUUUUAAAGAAUGGGUUGUGUUUGUCCUACCUUUUGGCAUUUAUAGAACAUACUCCCCCCCACCCCAUGUGAAAUUAAGACCACUUUUUUGUGUGUGUAUUAGUACUUUGGGGUUAAUAUUUUGCACAAGAAAGGCUGCAUAUUACCCCAACAACAGUGAGAAGGAUGUUUAUGUAUGGGAACAAUCCUGCCAAAUAACAUCUGCCCCUAUUACGCUAUCUGGAUUUGGAGU